CUAGGACACGCCAACAAGCAUAUCCAACCGCGGGCUUACAAACUUCCCUGGCGCCAGCACGGCCGAAUUACGCCUCCAGACCGGUCGCUGAACCACACCCAGGACUUCAGGCCGGCGGUCAGACUGGCUGGUCGCGAAAUCGAGGCUCCUCUUCCGAGGUCGUCUGUAUCGGGAAUCGGAAGUCCGGUCUUCCUCCUGUGGCGUCCGGUGGCGAGGCAGCCAGGCAGACGAAGGGUCACCCAGCCGGAUCGCAUGAGGUCCGGCUUAAUGGAGGACCCAUUAGUGGAGGAGGCUACGGAUCAUAUAGCCGCGAGGCCAGUAACCCUGUGAUACUGCGUAGCAACGGAAACCUAGGGCGUAAAGAAGCUUCAGGUCAACCAGGCCCCGCAGCCAGUCAAUAUGCAAGCAAGGUCAGCUUCUAUAUGAGAUAUAUUCAACAUAUUCUGUUUAAAACGAUGGACUGA